UCCUCUCCUUUGUAUUUUCCUGUAUCUCUCUGGAUUUUCUCUUCAUGGAACCAUUAUAUCAAUAUCAUAGGGAAAAGAAAAGAGAGGGAGGAGUACGUGGCCACCUUCAAAGGUUCGGAGUAUUUCUGUUACGACCUGUCUCCGAACCCCAUCCAGAGCAGCAGCGACGAGAUCACGCUCUCCUUCAAGACCCUUCAGCGCAACGGACUGAUGCUCCACACCGGGAAGUCGGCAGACUACGUCAACCUGGCACUGAAGAAUGGCGCGGUCUCGUUGGUCAUCAACCUGGGCUCUGGGGCCUUCGAGGCCCUGGUGGAGCCCGUCAAUGGGAAAUUUAAUGACAAUGCCUGGCAUGAUGUUAAGGUUACCAGGAACCUUCGUCAGCACUCAGGCAUUGGACACGCUAUGGUUACAAUAUCCGUGGAUGGAAUUCUGACCACCACUGGAUAUACUCAAGAGGACUACACCAUGCUGGGCUCUGAUGACUUUUUCUAUGUUGGGGGGAGUCCCAGCACUGCAGAUUUGCCCGGAUCCCCUGUUAGCAACAACUUUAUGGGAUGCCUGAAAGAGGUUGUGUACAAGAACAAUGAUGUAAGACUCGAGCUGUCUCGGCUAGCCAAGCUAGGCGACCCCAAGAUGAAGGUGAGCGGUGUGGUGGCCUUCAAGUGCGAGAACGUUGCCACGCUGGACCCCGUCACUUUCGAGACGCCCGAGUCAUUCAUUACCCUUGACAAGUGGACAGCCAAAAAAGCUGGUUCCAUCUCCUUCGACUUCCGCACCACCGAGCCCAAUGGCCUGCUCCUCUUCAGUCACGGAAAACCCAAGCAGCAGCAGCAGAAAGACCCCAAGAGCCCCAAGACAUUGAAGGUGGAUUUCUUCGCCAUAGAGAUGCUGGAUGGUCACCUGUACCUUCUGCUUGACAUGGGCUCGGGCACAACAAAAACCCGUUCUGUCAACAAAAAGGUCAACGAUGGCGAAUGGUACCACGUUGACUUUCAGAGGGAUGGAAGAUCAGGCACCAUCUCGGUCAACUCGAUCCGUACUCCCUACAAUGCUCCCGGUGAGAGCGAGAUCCUGGACUUGGAUGACAAACUCUACCUGGGAGGCCUGCCAGAGGAUCGCGCUGGGCUGAUCUUCCCCACGGAGGUCUGGACCGCUCUGCUGAACUACGGUUAUGUGGGCUGCGUGCGAGAUCUGUUCAUGGACGGCCAGAGCAAAGACAUCCGGCGGUUAGCGGAGGCCCAGAGGGCGGUUGGGGUGAAGCCGUCCUGUUCUAAGGAACCACCAAAGCAGUGCCUGAGCAACCCCUGUCUUAACAGUGCCACUUGCAGGGAGGGCUGGAACCGUUAUGUGUGUGACUGCUCUGGGACGGGCUAUUUGGGCCGCUCUUGUGAGAGAGAUGCCACUAUCCUCAGUUAUGAUGGCAGUAAGUUUAUGAAGAUCCAGUUACCAGUGGUGAUGCACACAGAGGCAGAGGAUGUGUCGCUACGGUUUCGUUCCCAGCGUGCCUACGGUGUUCUCAUGGCAACCACCUCCCGCAACUCUGCUGACACUUUGAGACUGGAGCUGGAUGGAGGGCGUGUCCGACUCACCGUCAAUCUAGACUGUAUCAGGAUUAACUGUACUACCAGUAAAGGUCCAGAGACCAUAUUUGCGGGCCAGAACUUGAAUGACAAUGAAUGGCACACGGUUCGUGUGGUCAGAAGAGGCAAAAGCCUGAAGCUUACAGUGGAUGAUCUGCAGCCCUCUGAAGGUCAAAUCACUGGGGACCACACGCAGCUGGAAUUCCACAAUGUGGAAACGGGCAUUGUUACAGAAAAGCGUUACAUGCCCGCAGUGCCCUCCAACUUCAUUGGACACCUGCAGGGUUUGUCCUUCAAUGGCAUGUCCUACAUUGACCUGUGCAAAAAUGGAGACAUUGACUACUGCGAAUUGAACGCAAUGAUCGGCUACAGGAGCAUUGUGGCAGACCCGGUGACCUUCAAGUCACGCUCUAGCUACGUGACCUUGCCCACCCUGCAGGCCUACUACUCCAUGCACCUGUUUUUCCAGUUUAAAACCACCUCACCAGAUGGGCUCAUCCUCUACAACCGUGGAGAUGGCAAUGACUUCAUAGUGGUGGAGCUGGUGAAAGGGUAUCUCCAUUAUGUGUCAGACCUGGGAAAUGGAGCUCAUCUCAUUAAAGGAAACUCCAACACACCUCUGAAUGACAACCACUGGCACAAUGUAAUGAUCUCACGGGACACAAACAACCUCCAUACUGUCAAAAUAGACACCAAAAUCACCACGCAGACUACCACGGGAGCCAAGAAUCUGGAUUUGAAAGGUGAUCUGUUUGUAGGGGGUGUGGCCAAAGAUAUGUACAAGGACCUGCCUAAGCUAGUGCACUCUAAAGAAGGCUUCCAGGGCUGCUUAGCAUCCAUGGAUCUGAACGGCCGUCUACCUGACCUGCUGUCAGACGCGCUGGCCAACGCUGAUCAAGUGGAGAGAGGCUGUGAAGGUGAGGAAAACGGCCCCAGCACUACCUGUCAAGAGGACUCCUGCUCCAAUCAGGGCGUGUGUCUGCAGCAGUGGGAGGGGUUUAGUUGCGACUGCAGCAUGACAUCAUUUGGAGGGCCGCUGUGCAACGACCCGGGAACUACAUACAUAUUUGGACGUGAUGGAGGGCUUAUUGUGUACACAUGGCCGCCCAAUGACAGACCAAGCACGCGAGCAGACCGGCUGGCUGUCGGCUUCAGCACUCAGCAGAAGGACGCCGUCCUGGUUAGGGUGGACAGCUCCUCUGGUCUGGGAGACUACCUACAGCUUCAGAUUGAGAAAGGCAAUGUCAAAGUGGUGUUCAAUGUGGGCACCGAUGACAUAAACAUUGAAGAAACUGCAAAGUUUGUAAAUGAUGGAAAGUACCACAUAAUUCGCUUUACCAGGAGUGGCGGUAAUGCCACUUUGCAGGUGGAUGAUCUGCCAGUCAUAGAGCGGUACCCAACAGGCAACAUUGAUAACGAACGCCUGGCGAUUGCUAGACAGCGAAUCCCAUAUCGGCUUGGUCGAGUAGUUGACGAAUGGCUACUCGACAAAGGUCGGCAACUCACCAUCUUCAACAGUCAGACCACCAUAAAGAUCGGAGGUUGGGAAAAGGGCAGCCGGCCUUUCCAGGGUCAGCUCUCGGGGCUUUACUACAAUGGCCUAAAAGUGCUCAACAUGGCUGCAGAGGGCGACCCCAACGUGCGCGUGGAGGGUAGUGCCCGGCUGGUGGGAGACAUGCCCUCGUCUUCUAUUACGCCCCAGUCCAGUGCCUCAGCCACGAGCAACCGCUCUGAGACGUCGCCCUCCAUCACCGACAUCACGACUACGACUGCGUCCAACCGCCAGGGCAAGCAGACGACAACACCUCUGGAUGACCUUCUGGUGGCAUCAGCAGAGUGUCCCAGCGAUGAUGAGGAUAUUGACCCUUGCGACCCAAGUUCAGGUGGGUUAGCUCACCCUCCGCCACCCGAAGCGAAGGGUUACCCUAGCCCGGAGGUGAUCCGGGAAUCCAGCAGCACCACAGGUAUGGUCGUGGGCAUCGUCGCGGCCGCCGCCCUGUGCAUAUUAAUCCUACUGUACGCCAUGUACAAAUACCGAAAUCGUGACGAGGGCUCGUACCACGUGGACGAGAGUCGCAACUACAUCAGCAAUUCAGCCACGCAGCCCAACGGGGCGGCGGUGAAAGAAAAGCCCAUCGGCGCACCCAAAAAUAAAAAAGAUAAGAAAAACAAGGACAAAGAGUACUACGUCUGAUCUUACAGACAUCCCUCCCCCUUAUAAUCCCGCCCAGAGAUCCAGUGCUCCGAACUCACACGCAAAAGGGGAGGGGAGGUCAACCUGUGUAUAGUAAUCGAGAAAAAAAGAUUGACAAAGACACAAACUGUCUUAGUUGCAUCUAAGACAGGAUAUACUGUUACUAACAAUGAGAAAACAUACUUUAUAACCAAGCACACAAAAACUUUACCAAGUUGAGAAGUGUGUACGAAAUGGGCAGCGAAUGGACUGCGGAGGAACCCAAAACUUUGAGAGGCUCAGCCCUGGAUAAGGGAGGGUGUCAGCGUUCUAUGUUCAAGUGUAUCGCUGACAGAAACGGCCGCUGGUUAGAAUUACGUGUAUUUCAUAUUAUGUUGCCUGUAUAAAUGUGUUGCCAGAACAUUUUCCCUCUAAAGCCAGAAAAACCACGAACAUCUGCAACAAUCCAAACAAACAUUUGAUUGAUGGGACGAAAAAGCAAGGAAGGACUUAAUAAGAUGCUACCUAUGAUUGUUAAAUCAGCCAAAGUAUUUGACUCCCUUUUCCGAUGGCAGUAUUGCAAGUUUGGAUGAGACGGGGAUGUUGGGAACGGAUUUUCGUUUGCCGGACAAAGCCCUUGCUGUCAAAGAGAGUUGCGGAGGCCUUAAAUAUCAAUCCGAGUGUAAAGGUUAUUGGAUUUUCUUCUGUUUGUAUGUUUGUCGAAACGCUGACAGAUUGCGCUGGUGAAGACGAGGAACACCGGGGCCAUUUGGGAUAGAUUGAGAAAAACUCCAUGCACGUAAAGUAUCUUAUUACAUGUUUAUAUACGGUGCAAAGACUAUCUGUGUGCUCUCUGGACUGUGGCUGAAGUGGUGUUUUAUAGCCUGUUAUAUAGAUGAUGCCAACUACAGUAUACCUGCUCUUCAAACUUUUUUUUUUUAGAAAAAACGAAGGCGAAAAGAACGAAAAACAGAAACUUAAAUGUCAAUGUGUUGCAAUAGCGAUAGAACCGUUUCUGCCAUUAGCUACAAUGAUUUAUUUUCACUUCUUUAUGCGCAUCUUCAAAAUAUGUUAUUUUUGACAUACUCCUUCCUUCCUUUAUUUUUUUUGUGUUUACUGUUGUGUCAACAGGAAAAGUCAACAGUUUAGGUUUUGGAAAGCAAGCAGAUAUGUGGAACUACGAUUUUGGACUGUUUAAGCAAUAUUCUCUUGCUUGUCUUAGUGACCAAACAAAUUAUGCAUGGUAUUUAGAACUCAGAUCUGCCGGGAGACGACAGCAUAAUCUCAAAUAACACUAAGGAACUCAGUCCCCCAAUAUUUGAGCAUUGGAUUAUAGCACAAAGAUGAAAAACCACCCGUCAAAAGUGUUUGCAAACAUUUUUAUCUUGUACUGUGUGGAAUGUACAAGAGGUAUAAAAAUAUAUGACCUUCCGAAAAAAAGUUAGCUUUUUGGUUUUUUUGUGUGUUUUUUUUAUUUGUGUACAAUUUUUCUAUAAUACCUUCUUUUGUUUUUAUUGUGACAAUUCUUUGAUGACCUCAAAGUGAAGAUUUAUUAUGAAAAAAUAGUUUUGAAAAAUCAAAUGAAUAAAUAAAAUAUUAAGACCUA